GGGUGUCUUGAAUAUGUGUCAAAGUGUGUCUGAGGUCAUCUUUCAGAUUAGUCUUGUUUCUCGUUGAAUACAUCUUUGAUCUCUGUAACUUUUGUUUCAUUUGAUUUGAAUCCAAACUUUGCAGACCUGCUUUUCCAGUUUUGCAUGUGUUCCCAUCAAUUCUGCACUCUUCCUGUUUGGUUUCUUUUCUGUUUCAGGGCUCGUUAAAAAUUACGGAAGCUCAUAUUUAAAUGUGAAAGAUCUAUACAGUGACAUGCAUAUACUAAAGAAAAGAUAUUCAGGGUAAAAUUAGAUCAGGUACCAGGAUGUUUCUUUAAUUAUACAAGGAAAAUAUUAGUUCAGUGAAAAGGGAAAAGACUCAAAUUUGCAUCCUUUUUCAUCCAUCCAUUUUCUGUCAGUAAAUGGUUUUAAGAAUUAUGAACCUAAAACAAGCCAUUUCAAAAAAAUUCCUUUUGUGAUGUCACAUAUGGGGAAAUUAACAUGGAACCAUCUCUGAUACGCAAGAGAGAGCUGAGUGACCAGCAGCUCUACUCCGAGCCCCUCCCGAGUAUCAGAGCUUCUCAGAUUAUUGAUCAUUUGCACCUACAUCACCUGAUAACGUGGGUCCACCAUUGUGGACAUCAGCAGUGAAUUACAGGAGUGUUGAACAAAGGGCUAAAGUGGUGACUGAGAGAGCUUUUUACUAGUUUAAGGGUAGUUUAUACUUCUCCGUCUGCAUUGUAUGGAGUCACGCAACGCCUUUAUCCAUCGUUGCAAAGGUUCUCCAACAGGCUCGCAAUAACGGACGAAGUAGAGCCCACCUUUCUGAACAUCCGUCGAAAGCAACAGAGCUUGUGAUUGGUCAGGAUGCAGCUUCCAUUAACUUCGUAAACAGCAACCUUCCCCCUCAAAAAAUAAAAAGAGAGCGAAACAUACUGUAUGUAGCGAAGAACACGGAGCAGACUGAAGAACGCCUUGUGGAAAAAGUGCGAUAAUAUUAACGUUAAUACACCUGCGACUGAAGGAGUACAAAAAUAUGCAGCAAACUUUAUUCAUGUCAGGAAGUUGCGUGAAACGCGAGUUUAGAGGUGGAGACUGGAUGAAGAAGUGGAGGACAAAUUUGUCCGUGUUAAAAUGUCUCUGAAAUACAUACCGGUAAACACAAUAUAAACAUUGGAGAUGUAGCUGCAUUGAUGGCAGGACAACCCAGAAAAGCGCUACGCUCUCUGCUGUCCUGGCAGAGAAUUUCUUCAUAACACUGACGCACCAACCAAAGAGUACAUCACUACGUGUGUGGGUGAGUGAAAACCAGCUAACAAAGAAGGCUAAACGUAGCCUUUCUUCUACUAGUUCAGUCAGUUUCUUUUUUGAAGAAGUAGUGCACCAGCUUCACCAUAGUGUCUGUUAAUGCAGCCAACUGCUUAGCAAACGAUUUCCAUUUUACUGUGAAAUCAGCAAAAUAAAAGCAGUAUAAUGCUACAAGCUAGCUUGUUUUGGACAAGCUCAAUGGAGUGUUAAUGGAUGUAAAUGGUUCCUUUGACAUCUGUCGUGGCGAAAGAGGCUUUCCCAUGAGUCGUGUGACAUCACGUGUAAAGGGUCCGUAGCAGCCUGAGAGGGGGAUGGGUGGGCCUGGCCAGCAACAGUUUGUCUUCUUAAAGUGACAGAGCCCUUAAAAGGCUCAUUUUGGAAGGUACUGAAAUUGUCAAGAAUAAAACUGCUGAAAUUGCUUUAUGUGAGAAGGAUUUAGUGCAAAGAGCUCCAUGAACAUGUUUAGUAUCGACCAUAGAACUAUUAUAACUUAAGGGAAAAAGUCAUAGUAUAUCCCCUUUAAGUGACCUGAAGAUUACCUCACCAAAGCAAAUGAGGCUGACGAAGAGGCACAUUUGUGGUAACAUCAGGGUUUGGAUACAAGGAAGAAACAACCAAACAAACAGAGGACAACGUGUUACUGACAAAAAUUUUCCCAGAGGAACAGUAAGAUGUGUGUUUACAUUAGAGUAGAUGUGUGUCAGUAGGCUUGUUGGUGUGUGGAGGCACAGUGAGUGAUUAAAGACCAGGCCUGCCACCAGCUUUCCGAGAGGCUCAAAUCUCAUUAAUUACGCUGCCGACCACACGGCUAGGAGCAGCUGCAGCUGGUUAUCGAUCCACCAAUAGGUCGGAGCUUUUCACUUCCACUAUCUGCUGCAGGAACAAAGCUCCACUCAAAAGCUCCGUGCUCGUCUCACGUGUAAAUUCUGCUACUAUCGGAUUCUGGUACUGAAACAGUCAUAAAGGUUUUACAGCACUAGCCAAGCUUUGCAUGCUGCAGCUGUUCUGUGGACAGUUUUCCACCAAAUGCUCAUUCAGAAGUUUCAAGGUCGCUAUUUCCAGAUCUGUGAAAAUAGCUGAGACACAGUUUGAGGUGGGCUGAGCGCAGGGAUGUCUAGAUCCACAAAGUCCAACUCGAGAUCCCGGAGUCGUUCCAGAUCCAGAUCCCGAUCAAGAUCCCGUUCUUCUUCCCAAUCCAGGAGUCGCUCCCGGUCCAGGAAGCAUCGCUACAGCUCUAGGUCUCGGUCAAGAUCUCAUUCUCCAUAUUACAACCGAGAGAAGAAGUAUCCCAAAUCGUACCAGAACAGCCGGGAGUUCCGGGGGUAUAACCGCGGCUUCCGGAGGCCCUAUAAUUUCCGUGGCCGAGGAAGGGGCCAGUUUCAUCGUGGACGCUACCAACGCGGUGGCGGCUAUUACAACAACAACAACAACAACAACAACAACUUUCGGCCAAACUGGAAGAAUUACAGACAACAUUCUCAGAAAUACCAGCAGCAGCAGCAGUUCAACCACUCGCGUGGACGAUGGAACAAUCAGCAGAAAUGCUCAGGGAGCCCCCCUCAGGGACCCUCACAGCACUCCGACAGGUCCUCAUCGCCUUUAUCCAGACACUCGCAUCAUUCUUCCUCCUCCUCACACUCCCCUUCUCCAAAACGCAGGCCAGCCUCGCUGCUGGUGAAUCAAAACUCUAAAGAUGUCAGCGAGCAGCAUCUGGCCUCCAAGGAGGUCGAAACGGGAGGAGUCGGGGGCGGCGAGGAGGAGUCGGUGGAGCAUGUUGGGGUGUUGGCAGGAGAUGCUAGAGAAGGUGCAGACUGUGGGAAAACUGAGAGGACCUGGCAGAGACUGACGGACUGCAGCAGUCCAAAGAAAAGCAGCCCUGCUAUUAUUGUUGGUCAGAGCGGCCAAACUCCCACUCAGUCUAGUCCCACUAAAACCUCUAAUGACAUGAGCAAUGGCUCCAUCUUGUGGGAGAAGGUGUCUGGUUCAUCCUCAACCAAAAAACCCUCCAAUGAAGGUCUGAACCCGAUGCUGUCCAGCUUUGACAUCUUCUCCUCUGAGGAAAUCCUGGAUGGAGACAAAACGGCAAUCUCCAUUGCCUUCAAGAAGUUCCUGGAGGAGCAAAAGAGAAAAGCUAAAUGUGUUAAUCAAAAUGACAAGAGCGUGGAGGCAAACGACGCAGAUUCUGAAAUGGAAAAACGAAACGGGAAAGCCUCGGCGCUAGCCUCCGAGUCUGUGUCCAAAAGGCACAAGGAGAACUCUGAGAGCGGAGUUUCUCUGAGCAGCUUUUUGAAAGCCUCCCCGUUUUCAUCUGCUGAGGUGGAGGAAGACGAUGAGGUGGCCUUCAAACACUCAAAGUCACUUUACAAAGAGUGGCAUAAUGGUGAUGAGUCCUUAAAACCAAAAAGCAAGGUCACCCAUUCAGCCCAGAAGCUGUUUGAGGAAUGCUUCAGCAGGUGGCAGAAUGCAGCCUACACACAGUUUGCCCUUGGUGACCUUGGAGAGACCUAUCUGAGUGGAAAGCAGGAUAAAGCCACUGCUGCUGCCCUCGCUAAGAAAGAAUCGGAGGGAAAAUUUACCGACUUGUUCCCAGAAAUUAGCUGUAAAAUAAAAAAGACGGUUAAAUCUCCGUCUGGCGCUUCAUCUGAACCGCCGCUGAGACGAAACUCCGACAGAGAGUUGUUUACAGUCAGAGGGGAGGAUGAGCCGUUCGCGCCUUCAAGAAAACGGGAUGCAAAACCGAAUGUCAGGAUGGAUUUUCUUGGAGAUGGUCUGAUAAGCUCUUCACAUAUUUUAGCUGAGGAGCGGCAGCUGUCUCAGGACCUUGUUCAGUCCUCAAAAAAACAGCAGGAAUUUCGCUCCAUCUUUCAGCACGUUCAGGCUGCUCAGCCACAGAAAAGCCCCUCUGAGCUUUUCGCUCAACACAUUGUUGCCCUUGUGCACCACGUCAAAGCCCAGCACUUUCCAUCGUCUGGCUUGACUCUAAACGAGCGAUUUACCUUGUACCAAAGACAAGCUGCAGAGAAGGAAAUGAUGAAACCAAGAAAGAGCCCAGAGAUACACAGGCGAAUUGAUGUGUCACCAAGUGCUUUUAAGAAACACCCUCAGCUUUUUGAGGCGAUGAAAAACUCAGAGGAUGGGACAUUCAAGGAUGGUGGACAAAAAGUGAAGGGUGACCCAGUGGAUCUCCGUCUGGACAUUGAGCGCCGUAAAAAAUACCCGACACAUGACCACAGUCAAGAUCAGGGAAGAGAUAAUGGAGAUUCCCCAGACUUUAGCAGAAGCAGGUCUCAGGAAAGCUUUUCCAAAGGCUGCAAGAUAAUGAAAAGAAGUGAUAAAAAACGCUCUCGCUCCAGUUCAUCAUCAUCUUCCUCAUCCUCUAAAUCGCAUAAGGAUGAUAGUUUACCUCAUAGUAAUUCUGAGUCAAAGGAUGAAGUCUUCAACCGGGCCUUGCUUGGCCAAAGAGAGUCACUGGGGAUGAGUGAAGGACACCGGCCACAAGGAGAAUUUUUUCAGAAGAUACAAAUCCGUGGAAGAGGUUGGAACAAAGGCGGAAAUCAAGGAAACGGUUCUUACCCUGUGAACAAAGCAGUACAACCAGAAAAUGAGAGCUGGGACCCAAAAUUUACUCCCAAGAAUAAAACAUACUACUUGCACGAUGAUAGAGAGUCCGCACAGAUGGACAGCCAGGAGCGAGGUCGGGGAACUCUUCAUGGGCGAACACGAUUCAUCAUCCGUAAGGCCACUGGGAACGCCAGCACAAUCACCAAAUGGGCCCAUGAUAAGUUCCAGCCAAGCGGGGAGCAGGGUGAAAAGGAGGAGGAGGAGGAGGCAGACCAGAACCACAAAGAGGAAGUAAUAAAUGGACAGAAAACUUGAGCAAUGAAGACAACUGCUGCAAGACCCUAAUACUCUUUGUCUUCUGAGUAUUUUCAUUUGUUUGUUCUUUUUCAGAAACCUAAAAACCCUCAUAUACAUAUAUAUUAUAUAUAAUAUAUAUGCAUCAGGAGAAGCAAUAGACCCGUUUCCACUAUCAAAACUUGUGGGUAAUUUUACCGGACCUUCGUGGUAUGCGUGCCUCCUUUUCACAGGCCCGACCAGAAAGGACUAUUUUAUGAGGCAUUUCAGGAUUCAACCGAGUGACUGAACUAGGGACUGAAUGCCCGGUGGUCGUUGGGUGGGACUUGUAAAUAACUCAUGCUGAUUGGUUGUUACUCAGUACGAAAUAUUAUCAGAAGACAUCGCCAAACAACCAGCAUUUAUAAAAUUUAAAGAGUUGACGUGACACAGAUUGGAAGGAAAAGACAAUAAGCAGUGUUGAUACUGCUUUAAAAUCACUGUUUGUUAACUUCUAACCCUGAACAAUGCUGCAGAAAUCCCCCAUAAUGCCGUAUUUCACGCCACUGUAAAAAACAUCCCUUCUUCUGGUUAUUGACUGCUGCUUUUUUCGGUCAUGCAGCUGCUCUCCCCUUCCCCCAAUAGAUGAAAUUAGGGCAUACUUUUAACAAAAAACCAAGCAACCUUUUUAAAAAUGUUAUUAGAGUAACACUAGACAGUUUUCUGUUCCUCUGCCCUACUGGUUGAAAGUGGAAUUGCAACAGUCGUAAACAACCCUGCUGUACAAGAAGCUAACACUAACAUGAGCCAACUGAUACUGAAAUAAAUCAUUAAGUAAAGAGAUCCACACUGUUGGAAUAUUAUUACUUACAAGAUCUGUAGAAACAAAGCCAGGUCAUCAUUUGUCCAUGAUUUUGUAGCCUCCUUUAGCUCCUCAAACUAGCAUAGGCCAAGCCGAUGUUCAUUCUGGUUUUAGCUCUUUGCUUUGCCUCCAAAGACAAUACUCUCCUACUUUUACUUCUAGGCUCCACCAUGAUGCCAAAAGAAAAAGCAAAUUUCUUGUUUUUCUUCUUUUUAUUGAUGAUCAGUGAACUGUAAAUGCUAACCGCUAGCAUUACAGCUAAUGACCGGUAAGCAGGUCAAGAGCUCUCCCUAAAGGGCUCCUACCCGCCCUACGCAACUAUCAAGUGUGGUAUUUGGUCAGCAGAAGGCUGCAGAGUGGUGCCAGAUAUGAAAAUGGUCAAGUUUCCGACCCAACAAUCACUUCAAUCAAUGUUAAAACUCUAGUUUAAAGAAAAAAAAACUAUUUAGUGUUACUUUAAUGUUUGUGGAUGCCUUUUUGCGCUGAUCAGAUAUGUCAUUAACUGCUGAAACGGUUGCAAUAUUCUGAUGUCUUGAAGUCCUGAAGGGGCUGAUUUUGUUUGGAGACACGAGAAAGGACCGAGUUAUCUUUAAUUUUCUUCGCCGCCCCCUCCACCCCCCCAGAGAUUUCCCAGAACUCCUGAAGUGAAAACACGGCUAAUGUGAUUAGUAGAAGCACUGUUGAACCCUCUCGGGCUCAAAAUGCGUUUUGAUGAAAGGACGAACAACUAAGUCCUUCAGGGGUAUUUCUGAGUAAAAAAAUGCUCAUGAAAAACGAAUGUGGAGUCACCUGGUAGGUAGGGUUUAACGUUGCAAAUCUGCAACGCCUGCCUCCAGAGGGUUAAGGAUGAAAUUAAUGACAGUGAACUUUUUCCUCUUUGGCUUGAGCUCGCCUAUGCAGAAUUGCUGUAAUUAUUAGCUGUUUUUCACCAAGGGUGCGUAGAAUUUACGAGUUUUGCAAUCAUACAGAUUUGCGUGAAUAAAUGUUUUCCAACCAGAAUAAAUUGUUAUACAUCACAUGGAAUAAAAUAUUGAUAUUUACAUCCACGAGUUUGAAAGAUGGUGUUUGAACAAGAUCAAAAUUACAGAAAUAAUAAAGUCUAAUUUUCACGGCACAAUAAAAGACCCUGAUUUUUACAGUGGGACCAAUAUCUACAGGGUCAAAGGUUACACAGGUUGUCAUUAUGCAAUAUUUAAUUUAACAACUGUUGUAUUCUGACUAUUGUUUUACAUUUAACAUGGUCUUCAGUAAAAUAUUUCUUUUUCUUAACACCAUUUGAUGAUUAAAAUAGCAGUUUCCCUCUGAUGGGCUUAUUUAGAGCUUUUUUAUCACUUGGCAGGGUUGGAGUUUGACUCUUAAAGUAAAUGUGUGUUUGUCUUUACAAAUUUAGACUUUCAAAUAUUCCACGGGUGAUUGGUAAAUUAUGUAAAGCCUUUAAACUCAAAAAAAUUAGUUGCUGUUUUUUUUGUAUGUAGUUUGUAACGAAGACAAUACAAGCUUGAAUGCUUAUUGUUCUGUCCUGUUUAUCUUUUAUAGAGGUAAUUUAAUUUCAAAUUAAUUGGUUGCAUUGGUAUUUUAGAAGCCUGCGGAUUGAAAUGAACAUUUAUCAUUUAAAUGACGGCCUUUUUGUGGGAAUAUUGGGAUUUUAUUUGUCUUUAUUUUCCUUUAAGAUUUUAAAUAAAAGAGACACUAAUUGCUUUAAUGCAUGAUUGUAUUGUCUUAUUGCACCAGAAUAUAAUGUGAUUUUGAUAAACUCAAUAUUAUAAGGGCUUUAAUAAAUUAUGUAUUGAUGUGAUGAUUAAAAUUGAAAUUCUCACCAAA